UCGGACACCGGGAGGUGACGAGGAUUUGGAUAAGAUCCAACGCCGGCUCGCUCUCUUUUGCCCUUGCUUGCUUCUUGCUUCUUGUUCUUGUUUUAAUUGAAAGCGAAUGAUUUCUCUAUUCAACAACCUUGUUCCCCAUCUACGUGGACACCCACUGUCACUAUGAUUGGGACUCCGGUGGUCGGACCGGACCCUCCCCAAUCCUCUGUUUCUCGGUAAAUCUGCGCGAACCAACCGAGGAAAUGGUAAACUCCAUUUCUGUUGUCUAAUUGGUAUUACUAUCAGAAAAUGAUAAGAAACAAUGGGUCAAUCAUUCUUUAAUCUUAAUCUUUUAGUGGCCCGAGGAGGGAGAAGCAUAAACCAGAAAUAAUGUGAUGGCGCCAAUUUAAUCUUGUGAACAGCGCUGCUUCUGCUUUCCUUUUCUUCAUUGCUAUUUUUUGAUAUUUUUCAUUUCCCAAUCGCGACGGCUUGAUGGGCAAUUUCUGAAUAUCCUUCCUUUCUGUUUCAUCAUCCCAACGAAGCAUGGGUAGUUCUGAGAAAUUAUUGUUCAUCACAAUCCACGCGAUAUUUCCCACUCGUAGUUGCUAAGUGUACUCUCUCCCCCAGCGACUGAAUUUAUCGGAAUCCCUGAGUUGAUAAAGAUCCAUUUUAGGGUUUCUUUUCCUCCUUGCUUUUGUAUAUCGCAGUUCAAAGCGUCUUCGAGAAACUGAAUUUGCGGUUGGAGUGCCACAUGGGAUUGGGACUAAUCAGAGUACCGAGGCAGAAACGAGAUUUAGUUCACCGAGAUAAAGAGCCAGGAGAAUGGAAUCGCAACUGCGUUUAAUUCAACAAUCGCUUAAUACUCGUUAUUCCAUCUGGGUUCGUGAAGCUCUUAACGAUUUGCCGGAUAAUUUUACAAUCACUGAUCCCACUAUAGCUGGUCACCCAAUUGUGUUCGUGAGCCGCGGAUUCUUGAAGAUGACUGGAUAUUCCGAAGACGAGGUGAUUGGCAAAAAUGGGAGGAUGUUUCAGGGCCCGAAAACUAGCAGGAGUUCAGUAAUGCAAAUUCGCGAGGCAGUUCGGGAAGAGAAGGCCAUUCAAAUUAACUUGCUAAAUUAUCGCAAAGAUGGGACACCCUAUUGGGUCUUUUUCCAAAUGAGCCCCGUUUUCAGCAAGGAAGAUGGGCGGAUCAUUAAUUUUGUGGGUGUUCAGGUGCCGAUUUGGAUGAAGUCGAGGAAGCCUAGAUGUGGGUUCGUAAGAAUUGAAGGCAUUCCAGGCGAGAAUGAAUUUAGAGCUUGCAAAAGUCUUUUAGGGUCCUGCCGCCGGGAGUUGUUGUCUGAUUCUAUCUCCGAAUUAGGUCGUCUACUGAACAGAGAUUCACAACCGGAUUCAGAUAGUAGAGGAGUAGGGAUUGAAGAACCAUGUGAGGCAUGUGAUGAUGAGAAGCAAAGAGCUGCAAUUGCUAUUUGUAACAUCUUAUCUGUCCUAACUCAUCACAGUGAGGUAACUGGCAGAUUGGUGUGCGAAAGGAGAUGCAGCGUGCCUGGGGUGGGCAUUAUUUGUUCAUCCUUGAAUACGUCUCUUAAUAGAAUCAAACAGAGCUUUGUAUUAACUGAUCCACACUUACCCGACAUGCCUAUAGUUUAUGCGAGUGAUGAGUUUUUGAAAGUAACAGGUUAUACUAGAUGUGAAGUGCUUGGGCGCAACUGUAGAUUCUUAAGUGGAGUUGACACAGAUACUUCAUCCCUAUUUAAGAUAAAGGAAAGUAUUCAAUCUGAGCAAGCGUGUACCGUGCGGAUUUUAAAUUACAGGAAAAAUAAGAGCUCAUUUUGGAAUCAUCUACACAUAUCCCCUGUUCGUAACGCUUCUGGAAAGGUAGCAUAUUUUGUGGGUGUUCAGAUGGAUGAAGAUGAUAAAAUGCUGGACGAACAUGGGGUGAAUCCUAAGAGGAGGCAGCUUAGCACUGUGGGUGCAGUCAAGGUGGCCGUGAGGAGCUUGUCAAUGAGCGUCGGCUGUUCACAGGAGGACUAGUCAUUACGAUCUCUCCCGUCUCCGUGUUUGGCAUAGUAAUACUAAAAUUUCUUUGUAAUUACAUCUUUUGAAGAGGUAUAUAAGACAAGACACAAGGAUUUCUUAAACGUUAUUGUAAAGCUCAUAUUUUUUAAUAUAUGGAAUGGAAAGUGUUUCGAUUUAAGUUAAAA